CGUCAGUGUCGCGAGCGGCGGCGGCGGCCGGAGCCGCAGCACAGGCGGCGGCGGCUGCGCAGGGAGCUCGCCCGCUUCCCCGCUCGCGCGCCGUCCCCGGGGCACGCGGACUCGGCGGCUGAGGAGGCUGAGGCGCCGCCGCAGCGCCCGCAGCGGCCGCAGCGUCCGCAGCGCCGCGCCCGCACCUGCUCCACCCUCCCCUCUUCUCUGUCCCGGGCCAGUCACCGGCGACACGCCGCGCUCAUCUGCACCCCCAGGCCGCGGUGCCGGCGCCGGCGCCGCAGCCGCCAGGGCAGGCCCGCGAGGGAAGCCGGCCCGAGAGGAGCGCGCCGCCGCAGCCGCCGCCGCCCCCGCCAUGGCGCACUCGCCGGUGGCCGUGCAAGUGCCCGGGAUGCAGAAUCAAAGAACUGAUCCAGAAGAGUUGUUCACUAAAUUGGAACGGAUCGGGAAAGGCUCCUUUGGAGAAGUUUUUAAAGGAAUCGAUAACCGGACACAGCAAGUGGUUGCUAUUAAAAUCAUAGACCUCGAGGAAGCAGAAGACGAAAUAGAAGACAUUCAGCAAGAAAUAACUGUUUUAAGUCAGUGCGACAGUUCGUAUGUAACAAAAUACUAUGGAUCAUAUUUAAAGGGCACAAAGCUGUGGAUCAUAAUGGAAUACUUGGGUGGCGGAUCAGCACUGGAUCUCCUUCGAGCUGGUCCAUUUGAUGAGUUCCAGAUAGCUACCAUGCUAAAGGAAAUUUUGAAAGGUCUAGACUACCUGCAUUCAGAAAAGAAAAUUCACAGGGACAUAAAAGCUGCCAAUGUCUUGUUGUCAGAGCAAGGGGAAGUUAAGCUUGCGGACUUUGGAGUUGCUGGCCAGUUGACAGAUACACAGAUUAAAAGGAACACCUUUGUGGGAACCCCAUUCUGGAUGGCUCCUGAAGUUAUUCAGCAAUCAGCUUAUGACUCCAAAGCUGACAUAUGGUCCUUAGGAAUUACUGCUAUUGAAUUAGCCAAAGGAGAGCCACCUAACUCUGACAUGCAUCCCAUGAGAGUUCUUUUCCUGAUUCCAAAAAAUAAUCCACCAACUCUAUUGGGAGACUUUACCAAGCCCUUUAAAGAGUUUACUGAUGCCUGUUUGAACAAGGAUCCAUCGUUUCGUCCGACAGCUAAAGAACUGCUGAAGCACAAAUUCAUUAUUAAAAAUGCCAAGAAGACGUCGUACCUGACAGAACUGAUCGAUCGGUUUAAGAGGUGGAAAGCCGAAGGACACAGUGAUGACGAAUCAGAUUCCGAAGGCUCUGACUCGGAAUGUAGCAACAAGGAAAACCAUUCUCAUCCUGAAUGGAGUUUUACUACUGUUCGGAAGAAACCUGAUGCUAAGAAACUACAGAAUGGAACAGAACAAGACCUUGCUAAAACACUGAGCUGCUUGUCUACAAUAAUCACACCCGUAUUUGCUGAAUUGAAAGAGCAAGACACAAGCAAUGCAAGCAGAACAAAAGCCAUCGAAGAGCUUGAGAAAAGUAUGACAGUGGCAGAAACUGCCUGUCCUGGAAUUACGGAUAAGAUGGUGAAGAAAUUAAUUGAGAAGUUUCAAAAGUUUUCCGUGAAUGACUCAUCCUAAGAAACUUCCCAUUAUUGACUUCUUCAGUUACAUCCAGCUCCAUUGAAAUCCACCCAAAUUUCAAGCUUGGCAGUGCUUACUUAGCUCAUGAGCUCCCAUGUGCCUUUGGAUCUUUGCAGCAUACUGAUGGUGAAGGAUUUGGAAGAACCUACUCAACUAUUUUGUGAGGGCAUAUAUGGUUUUAUAUUUUCAGGAGAUGAUUUUGUAAAGGAGUUUUAAUAUCAUAGUCUCAUCUAUGUUUAUUCUGGUAAAUGUUGAGCUCUAGUUUUGCUUUUAGGCAUCAUAAUUAUUUUUAAUAGGAUGCGCAAGUUCGUAGUGGUUUUUUGCUCUUUGGUUAACUGUACACUGCUGAAACAUACAGGUCUGUCAUUCUCAAGAAGUUUCAAAACCAGCUCUUCUCUAUCCUCCCCACCCCCAAGAAAUAAACAUUGUAGCUGUCUUGGCAGGGAGACUGUUCCGAAUAGUCCUCCCCUGCAUAGAACAAGAGUUUAAAGCACCAGGAAAGUCAAAGCGUGAGAGCACAUAUUCGCUUGUUUACUCACGUUCUGAUUCUACUUUUGGACCAGGCCAACAACUCAAUGAUUCCCUCCAUUUGAGAGCAAUAAUAUAGCAAAAUAGUUUGCAGCUCAUCUAUGUAGCUACAACAACAUCGCCUUUUGUAGAACAGGCUUUCUUUACGUUUUCCUAUCAUGGUUAGAAACUUAGAGCAAUACAGUUAGCUAGGGAAGGCUUUUGGCAAUAAUGUGAAAAAGGCAAGCUGGUCGACCUUGUUGAAACGUUCAAUAUGCUUGGGUUUAGGGGGAGCUUGAAGAGGCUGAACAUCAUUUACUAACACCUCCUCCUCCUCCGCGGGUAUGAGCAGAAAUUCCACCAGCAUUGAUGUGUGUAUGGGGGUUAAGUUGGCUUGUGAAAUGUUUGUUUUCUUAAUGUGUCCAUAAGCAUCAUCAUGGUAUUUUGAAUAUGUAUGUCCUAUUAGUAUGCAAAUAACUCAGUUAGAGGUAUUCUUUCCCAAAAGUAGUCUCCAGUGAAGUAGUCAUUUCCCCCUCAUACAAAGUAGGUAAGAUGAUACAAUUGCUUUUUCGUUGAUAUUUAUGGUACUUACGGUUCCAGUCUGUAUAUUAUGCUGAAAUUCAGUACUUGUGGGAUUGUUGGUGUACAUUUAUUUUUGAUCAAGGUUCUGUGUUUAUUGUAUCAUUUGGAUCUGCACAAUCUUGUUUUUGCACAAAAGUCAGUGUAAAGAACCUGCCAAAUAUGAGAGAAAGGAAGGUGUGAAGGUGUAGGCAAAUGUGAUCUGGGGAGACAAUUGGCUAUUGGGGUUCUUUUUUACAUAAGAUACCUGAGAGUCAGAAAGUGCAGUGUUCUUCUGUAUACCAAGGAUCAGUUCUUUUCAAUGGUGCCUACAGUGUAAAAAAAUGACUUUUCAUUCCUUGUUUUCGUGUUCGAGAAAUGGUUCUGUUGAAAUUUUCACCUGCUGUGUAACCGAAACUCAAUUACUUACAAUUUAUAUCUAUAAAAGUCUGGAGGUCAUUUUUGAAAACAAGAGUGUUCUGGAUUAAAAUAUUUUUGUAUAAGCAACAAGUCAUAAACACAGUUAUCUGAAGCUUUACCAAGUUCAUAUAGUAAGUAACGUGCAUUAUCAGUGUAGUUAAUGAAGUCUUAUAUUUAAAGUGUAUGUUCACCCCGGCGGGGAGGUUACAAAAAUAAAUAUUUUAAUUCUGUAAACUUC